CAAUCUUACAGAGCAAGUUCGUCCAGCAACACCCAAGGCAUCAAGAGAAGUGCCCCGGAUUCCGCAAAGUCGCAUUUUGUCAAACAAAACAGCGAGCAUGAGGUACUUGAGGAUGGGCUGAAGGUGUGGGGGUACAUGCCAGGUCAUGUUCAUUACAAGGUUCAGAGUAAUGAAGACAAUAGCUCGCCUAAGCAUUCUCCAGCACAAAUCAUAGCAAGCGACGCUGUGCAGAAGGUGCUACAUGCUGUUCCUCCGAGAUCCAUAACUGACGCCAUUGUCAACCACUUCUUGAACACGGUAAAUUACCGCUACAGUGCAAUAUACGGGCCAUCGUUGGCGGAACAAUAUGUUCAGUGGUGGGCCGAUCGCAGUGCCGCCAAACAGCUUUCCCCAGAGUUCACAUGCCUGCUCUUACGGAUAUGUGCAUACUCUGUACAAUAUCUGACACCGUCGCUUCGCAAGAUGAUUGAGUUCGAGCUGGCAUGCACUUCACAAACGCUCACUGAACGUUUCUCGGCCGCGGCAGAGGAACUUAGCCGGAGCUUUGAAGCAUCGAGGACAAGUAUUGAGCGGGUAGAGGAGCAGUUCCUGAAGUGCGCCUGGCUAAAAUCGGAAUCGAAGAUUGUCGAAUCGUGGCAUACUCUUUCACGUACUAUUCGGGAGGCGCAAGAAUUGGGUAUCGAUAGGGAUGCGGGUAUUGAUGACUUGUCGGAGUUUGAUAUAGAAAUUAGAAGGCGAAUCUGGACUCUUCUUUACAUAUGGGAUUGGCAGAUGUCAGCGUGGUUAGGUCGACCAAACCUCAUCAACCAAAAGAAUCUUUCUUUCAAAUUUCCCAACCUGCGGCUCGACCAAUCGAACACAGAACCGAAUAUUCUUUCACCUUUCGCACACAUGGCUCUGCAAGCACACCUGGGGCGAAGAGUGGCAACUGUGAUGGGUGACGCAACGUCCAAAGAUGAUCUUUCUGCUGAGAAGGUCUUGGAGAUUGAAGACGAGUGUCAUAAGUUCAUCGACGAACUGCCCGCGAUUUUUCGUGUUGAGAACCCUGAUACCUCGUUCGACAAGGCACAUCCAUACUUUGUGUUCCAACGACACCAACUACACUGCGUCAUCUUUUUGACAAUGCUCGAUUUCUUCAAGACAUAUCUGACGCGCGAGCGAGAAGACAAGCUCAGCGACCAGGACGACGAGUUUCGAAAGAAGGGGAUCGAGAUUGCGCUCCGUCUGCUUGAGGUUGCGCGCAAGCUGUUUGAUCAUGAGUUUCCGAUUAACGCGAAAUUCCAUACGGUCGUUUUCUGCAUUUUCGAUACUGCGACCUUACUUUGUUCUGCCAUUAUCCAUGACCACGAACAUAUGCUACCUCAUCGCGAUGAGGUCAUGGACGUUAUUGAUAGUUCGCUCGAUAGGUUGUAUCAGCUCAGCUUGUCCACGAAACUAGGCGCAACUUCGUACAACUUUCUCUUCAAACUCGUGCAGGCAACGCCUUCGCUUCGGCGGCACUUGCCUAUCGACAAGCGACAGAAGCAAGAUGGUAUCCCUGUGCCCAAGAGAUCACCGCCGGCUCACGAGCCGGCGCCGGUGGCCAUGACGCGUCCACCAGGGUUGCCAUUACCGUAUCGGCCACCUCCAAUUUCGGACGCAAUUGCCCAGUCUUCGGUUCCUGCAACCGGGUCCCUCACAACGAUGCCCAUCUCGGAUGCCCUUUCAUUCGACAUUGAUCAAUUCCUAGCGCAAAAUCCGUUCGGCAGCGUCGGUGAUCCUAAUGCCGUUGAUAUAGGUGGUAUGGAGCAGAUAUGGGCUUGGCAUGAUUUGCAUCUCAAUGCAUAUGCACACAACGGAGCACACGGUACUUCGGACACGACUGGGCAGGGUCCUCAAGACUAA